AUGCCUCGUUCCUUCCUGGUCAAGAGUAAAAAGGCACACACUUACCAUAAGCCUCGUGCCCAGCAUGAUGAUCUACUUUGGGCUUACAUCCCCCCCUCAGGUGAGCCAGUUACCACUAACCAGGUCCUGGGGGGCACCACAACCUUCAAUAGCCCAAACCAAUGUCCAGAAUGGGAUGACUCCAAAGGAAAUCAUAACAAGGACCAGUGUCUGACCGGGACAACAUCAGUUCCAGAGACUUCCAUCUUGACUCUCCAGGCCAAGGACCAUGGCUUAUCCUCUGCCUCACCCCCCUACUACAAACCCAGCUUCUCUUGGGAUGCCUUCUCUUCCCCUUAUGGCUAUGGACAGAUUACCUCCACCAUGCAAUCUGCCUUCCUAGAGAACUCAGUAAGCUUGUAUGGCAGCUCACUGGUGCCCAGCUCUGACCCACCCUUGGACUACAGUCUACAUUACUCCCCUGGCAUGGAAGCCUAUCACUGUGUCAAAUGCAAUAAGGUAUUUCCUACCCCCCAUGGGCUGGAGGUUCAUGUCCGGAGAACCCACAGUGGGACUCGACCCUUCGCUUGUGAAGUUUGUGGCAAAACAUUUGGCCACUCAGUCAGCCUUGAGCAGCACGCUCAUAUACACUCCCAGGGGAUCCCAGCUGGGUCCAGUCCUGCUCCAACGUUCACAAUAAAUGACCCUGAGGUCCCACCUGCACCUGACCCCCCCGGGCCCCGUUUCCUCCGGCAGGAGAGGAGCUUUGAAUGUAAGAUGUGUGGCAAAGCUUUCAAGCGCUCCUCCACCCUGUCCACCCAUCUCCUCAUCCAUUCGGACACACGGCCUUACCCCUGCCAGUACUGCGGCAAGCGCUUCCACCAGAAGUCGGACAUGAAGAAGCAUACCUACAUCCACACUGGAGAGAAACCUCACAAGUGUCAGGUGUGUGGGAAGGCUUUCAGCCAGAGCUCCAACCUGAUCACUCACAGUCGCAAACACACGGGCUUCAAACCCUUUAGCUGUGAGCUCUGUGCCAAGGGCUUCCAGCGCAAGGUAGACCUCCGGCGCCACCGGGAAAGCCAGCACAGCCUCAAAUGA